GUUUGCAAAUAUAUUAAUCAAUGUCAUAAACUAAUAUUUUUUUAGUAAAACGGUUUAUUUUUUUUGUAACUUUUUUUAUUCUUUCCUUUAUUAUGUCAAUGUUUAAAUCUGUGAAAGUGAGAUAUCCUAGAAUAAAAAAGAAAGCAGCAGACACAAAACCUGUAGGCAUUGCUGAACCAAAACGAACAACGAUGUACGACGUUGUGCUUGACAACUUUAAAGUUGCUUCCAGAAAAACGUUUUUACAUAGGGUGAUAUAUAUGGGGGAACACAGUUUCAUCACACCCGAUUUAUUAACGAGUGUCUUUUCUGAAACAGUAUACAAAGCAAAUCAUAACGACCACUUAAUAGAAAAACUGACAGGUUUAUUGAUUCGAUAUCCAAAAAAUUUUAUACAUUUAUUAGAAGGAGACGAGGAUAUAAUAUAUAGUCAAAUUGGUUUCCUAUUAAGUACAAAAGCAUACAAAAAAUAUUUGGGGAAUAUGAAAUUAGUAACCAACAUCUCUCAUAUUCAUUCUAGAUACGCGAAUGACUGGUUAAGUGUUGGUGGCCUGACGCCACACUUACUUGAAUCAUUAGAUCCUGAUGUACCAAUAGAUAUAUAUGGACACUACACAAUUAUGUUAGUUACUAAAAUAUACAAAGUUCUUAAAAGAAUUAAUAAAACUUUGUCAGGAUCUAUAUGUGAUGGUACAAUAGAAUCGGGUCACUCAGGACACUCGGUAAAAUCCGAGGUUGAACAAGAAUCUUCCUACACCAGUCCAUCUACAAGACUAUCACUUGGUGUAUCAAGUCUGUUUAAAGCAAGCGUUACUACUAUAACAUCACUGAGCGGAAUGAAAAGUACAUGUGUUGAACCCCUUUUGUUACGUUUGCCCGAGUUGGAGUUGGUCAAUUUUAUUCUUGGAAGCAACUACGUGAUCAACCUUGUAGAUUAUUUUGAUCUUUAUAAACUCGUUCCCCAAAGAGAUAUCUACAAAGAUAAAAUUUGGCCAAUUGCUGCUGAUUUCAUACCCUACGACGUCUUUUCACCAAUAUUUAAUAUUUCCACAACGUUUCCGAAACCAGAUGCUGUACAAGGUGAGCCUACUGAGCCUGAGCAGGACACUUUAUUAGAUCCCGAUCCUGUGCUAAGAGAAGUCGUCAUGUUUAAAGAUUUUUGAACAAAUUACUGAGUAGUCACGAGGAAGGUAAUGGUUUUUUGUUGUGUAACUACAAAUAUUAAUAAUAAAUACCGAGAUUAAUUU